AUGCCUGGUGUGGUGGUAGCAGGAAAUGGUACCGAUGGAAUCAGCGCUUCACAGUUAAGUGGACCAUUUGGAUUAUUUGUCAAUGAGGCGGGAACAUUGUAUGUUUCGGAUUGUCAAAAUAAUCGAAUUCAACGAUGGGAUAAUGGAGCUUCCUCCGGUGUGACAGUCGCAGGUACUGGAGUUAGUGGUAACAGUUUAUCUCAACUGUACUAUCCACUGGGAAUUGUUGUUGACUCGAAUGAAUACAUGUAUAUAGUGGAUGGCGGAAACAGUCGAAUUCUUCGAUGGCCGCCAAAUUCACAUUCUGGUGAAUGUAUUGCAGCUUGUACUGGUACUAGCGGAAAUGAAAUUGAUAGGCUGCUCGAACCGAUUGCAUUGGCAUUUGAUAGCUAUGGAUCUCUCUUUAUUAGCGAUAGAAGCAACAAUCGAGUGCAGAAAUUUCAGAUCCUUGGCAGUUUUGGUGAGUAG